UAUAUUUCGUUCGUUUCAUUCUUCAGAUAUAACAUUUACCAGGUAGUCCUUUAAACCUACAGGCGACUUUUGCACUAUAUUAAGAGACAGUCAUUUGACUAUUGAACUGAUUUUUAGUUCGUUCAUUCGUUCCCCUACCCUUCCCGUUCGUUCCACCAUCAUAGCUGCUCAUUCUUUUUUCGUGCACGGCGACGAGCGCACGCGCCCUUUAGCUCCUCGGCUACGACAUUAUUACCUACAAAAAUGUCGAAGCGCACAGCUAAAGACAAGUUAAAAUAUUACCGUGAAAAAAUUAAACGUCUUGAAGAUCAUAAAAGACGAUACAGGAUCAUUUAUGAUUCGUCUUCAUCGGAAGAUGAAGGUAAGUUGUUUGUUUUAUUAUUUAGUGUUAAGAAGUGAUUAAAAUGAGCCGACAUAGGGAUUGACUGCGAGUCUCUAACUAUGAUCAUAUAACCAUCGGGGUUGACCGCGAGUCUCCAACGAUGCAAAUAAGCAGAACAAUGCGCGCAAUCUUCAGUAGAUGCGCGUUACUCUGCGACACAAAUAUUUUCUCAACCUACCCCCAAGAGAAAAUAUUUUUCAUAAAAUGUAAUAAUCACUUCUUUUUUGUUUUAGAUGUUGUAAUGGAACAAAAUCCAGAUGGUUCCGUGCCGGCUCAUGAUCCUAUUAUACAGGAACCACAGCUAAACAUCGAAAAUCCCGUACUGGAACAUAAUAGUGAUGUAUCGAUACCGGACCAUAAUAACGAGAUUCCUGCACCUGAAAAUCAGGCAGAUUUACUCAUGUCGUCAGCUCAACCCGAGCUCGACCCGGACAUGCUGCUGGCUCUCGGGGAAUCGACCGAGGAUACCCCCGAGUAUGGCGAAAAAAUCCACGAUAAUUUAUCGAAACUUUGGUUACCGUUACUCAAAAAAGGUAUGACAAAUGAAGCCAAAGAUAAAAUCCGAAAAGACUAUUUGGUUCCCGACAAUUGUCGAUUGCUACAAGCACCAAAAUUAAACGUGGAGAUUUCAGCAGCCGUACCCGAUAUGGUCCGUAAUCGAGAUAAAAACCUGGCUGCAGCGCAGCAACAACUCGGCCACGGGAUCGCUGCCGUCAACAGGGCCAUGGAUAUUCUAAUUAAAUGUGUAGAUUCCAACGGAAUCGAAGCUAUGAAACACCUCAGCAACGGCUGCCGUAUUCUGUGUGACCUUCAUUCGUCAUCUACUCAAAGCCGCAUUAAACUCAUCACACCUAGUCUCGAUAAGACGUUCUUGCAAGUUAUUCAAGACACAGAACGUGAUGAUACCCUGUUUAGUAAUAAAUUGUCCGAGAAAAUCAAGGCAGCGAAGACCAUUGAAAAACAAGGUCUCCAAAUCAAGAAAACGUCCCCAAAGAAACCCGCGCCUGCUCAGCCGUCGACAAGUCGAGCGUCGUACUCGGGAAACUGGUCAGCGCCCCCUCGUUACGCGUCGAACAGGGGGGGGCGGAGAGGUGCUCGCAGGCAGACGAAUUACACCCGUCGGACGUUUCCAGCUCCACAACCGGCCAAGACACCCCCUGCGACCAAGACACGUGCCCAGGCACCGUAACGCAGGGACUGCCAUCCCCUACACAAGGGGCUUACCCUGGGGGUCGCGAAGCUCUGCAACAGUCCUUCAGUCGAAGAGGCUCCCCACCAGAGGCUAUAACACUGAUGAUGGCAUCACUCUCUGACAAAACAUUACAGCAAUACGAAGUUACAUAUAAGCUCUGGUGGCAAUUUUGCACCGUUAAUUCUAUUGAAAUUUUAAAUCCCCCGAAAUCGUCAAUAUUGUCUUUUUUAACAGAACAAUUUAAUAAAAAUUGUGCAUACGGCACACUGAAUAGUCACCGUUCAGCCUUAUCCUUGUUAUUGGGAGACAAUAUCGGUUCGGACGAUUGCGUGAAACGCCUCCUAAAAGGUGCGUACAAACAAAGACCGAACGGUCCCAAGUAUAACCAUACAUGGGACCCACAGGUCGUUUUAAACCGUGUUUCUCACUGGUAUCCCAAUACAAGCAUAAGCCUGGAAAAACUGUCGAAAAAAAUAGUGACAUUACUGGCUAUAUGCACAGCGCAUAGGGUUCAAACAUUAGCGCUUAUAAAAAUCGAAAAUAUUGUUAUUUCCCCAAACGGUGUCAAAAUUGGAAUUACUGACACAAU